GUGCUUGGUGGUGUUUCCGAUUCUGCCCCUUUUAUAAACCUAUAUGCAAUUCUCCAUAUCGUUUUAGCUGUCUUACAACUGAGACUGAAGUGUGUUGGUGGAAGUGCACUGUUUACAACUGCUGAGAAUUACAAUAUUUUGUUUAAUCCAGUGAUCAGUGCCUCUGAAAUUGCGUCAUUCAUUCAUAUUUCACUAACUCUAAUUGGGGAACAAAUCAAUUGGACAGUGUUAUCAUUAUUAUUACAAUUAGACAUAUCUAUUAAUUUAAAUAUGCCCGCUAUCACCAUAAUUACAUGUUCAGGUUCAAUAAUAAUGCCAGAUAUCUUUUCUGAAAUUCCUUACGAAAUUGUAGUCAAAAUUCUUACUUUUUUACCUGCAAAAGAUCUUUGUUCCAUUUCUUUGGUUAACAAAAAUCUUCUGUCAUUCACCCAAGAUGAUUACGUUUGGCAAUCAAUUUGUAUUAGUCAAUUUCCUGCGAGUCGUAUUUCUGAGGAACGAAAAAAAAUGAUAACAAAGGAGGAAUCAGAUCUAGAUAUUUUUGAGGAAUCAGAUCAAGAUUUUUUUUUUGAGGAAUCAGAUAAUGAUAUUUUUGAGGAAUCAGAUCAAGAUACCUUUGAGGAAAUCAUUUUUAUUUCUAACUUGGGUAAGACUACUCCUUCGGUAGAAAAUAACAAUGAUGUGACCGUUAGUGAAUGGAAAAGACUUUAUAAGAGGCUAUCCAGACAUAUUAACUUUAUUGUCGAAGAACGGGGCGUCACCUGGUUAGAUUGUCAAGAACAUGGAGGAAAUAAACACCAUUGGCGAACCAUCAAAGAUUCGCAAAGCGAAUUUGGAAAAGUUGUUUGUUUAAAAUAUGUUUGGUGGUUUGAUGCCGUUCUACCUGGUACAUACGACGUUGUAUGGCGAUUAAAAAUUAAAGGAAAUAAUCACUGGACCAUUCAAGGUUUAAACUUUAGCGCAAAUGUUAUUGAGAGAUUAGAAGAUGAAAUUGAUGCUGAAACUGCUAUUCAUGAUGAAAAACUUUAUAAUCACACUCCACAUCGUUCAUU